AUGCCCAUCUACACAUCAUGGAAGCUUUAUGACAAUGAUGCAGGAAAGGCAGAAGUAAAAAAAGUGCUUGACAAAGUGGCGUCAAUGUUGGAUGUGGAUGUUAAGAAUGAGGCACCAAGUAAAGCUGCAUGCACUGAUAUCAUUAAGAGGGGAGUAAGGCAGACGAGGUAUCACCUGAAAAAGAAGUACUUCGAUGAGUCACUGAUAGAAGAACAGCUGCUGGCCAAGCAACCUCCACCUAAAAUGAAGAAAGAGGAAUGGACUAAGCUGGUAGAGUACUGGUGUGACCCAAAGAAUCAGGAAAAAUGUGCUAAGAAUAAAGUAAACCGAGCCCAAGUGCAGCUUCAUGAAAGGACUGGAGCUAGGUCCUAUAUUGCCCAUCGAUACAGCCUGAGGACUAAGUACAACAACAUGGAGCCAGAUGCUGUUGAUUUCUUUGGGGAAUGUAUGAGUAGUCCCCAAAAUGGUCGUACUCCUCUUGCAAAUGAAAUAUAUACUGGCCGGUCCACAUCGACAGCCGCACAAGCACGCCUGCAAGCUCAGUUUGGGGAAACACUCCAAGCAGAAAAAGAGGAAGCUGCUAGGAAGCAGGAAGAGUUGCAAGCACAGCUUCAAGCUCAACAGGCCACACUUGAAGAAAACCAAAGUUUGCUGCGUCAGACCCAAGAGGAAGUGAAGGGGAUGCAUACCAAGUUUGAAGAGACUAAUGCACUGCCACAAGCUGUCCUGAAACUUCAGAAAGAUUGA